GGCUACGGUUUAAUUGUGUUAUAGAUGAAUGGGGCCCAUGUUAUUUUACAGCCCAACGUAGACCCAUGCUAGUUCAUGCACAACCCUAGGUACGUCUGUUGUAUAAAGGGUUGGGGGAGAAGUUUGGCCGCCUGUAACGUGAACGAUCAUAAUCUCAACACAGUAAAAUCAGUAGCUGAAGAGCGUUCAAGCUCUUCCGUGGAUUAGUCCUGGAUCACAUCCAGGGAUACCAC